AUGGUACGUUUGGGUGUUUUGGUUUUUUGUGCGUUCAUUGAAACGCAUGAUUUAGGUUCAUUAGCCGGUUUAGAAGAAGAGGCUCAGGAUCCGGAUUACUAUUAUCUGGUGGCACCACGUUAUCGUCCAAGUGUGGAACCCGAGGGAUAUAGUACACGUUGCAAUUGGUCGGUCUUGAAGUUCCCUUUUGGAGGCUUUUGUAGUAGUCAGAAUUUAGCUGACUUUUUACAGGAGGCUUGGGAGAAUGUAUUUAUCGAAUGUGGUAGCACCUUAGAUGACAAACUUUACUCCUCAGGAAGGUUCUAUUCUUAUCUGGAUAGUGUUACCUACCAUAUGCAAGUCGCUAUUAUGAAAAUGGUUGUUGGCGAACAUGAAAAUUCUGAUCCUUUCUCAACUUUCCGUAUACGAGACCUUCGUGUCUGGGAAUUAAGGAACCUUCAAAACUUCCAGAAAUCCGUCAUCAAACGCAUCAAUCGACUUAGACUAUCCCCCAUGAAGAACCCCGUCAAAAAAAAUCCCUCUACUGAAGUCAUACACGCUGCUGACACCAACCUUGCCAUCAACCAUGCCACCAACCAUGCCAGCACACAUGCCAGCACACAUGCCAGCACACAUGCCAGCAACCAUGCCAGCACACAUGCCAGCAACCAUGCCAGCACACAUGCCAGCAACCAUGCCAGCAACCAUGCCAGCAACCAUGCCAGCAACCAUGCCAGCAAAACCAUUGAAUUCCUAGACUUCAUGGGUAACCGCUUCGAGGCCCUGCUGAUCUGGGAACCCCACAACGACCCUAGUUGGCUAGGCGCCCUCGCGCAAAAGAUUCUCCCCGGCUAUAGUCCAAAACAUUUAUGCAUCCACAAAGUCCCGCGACGAAAAAGGAUACCUCAAGAUGACCAAUACAAUACAUGCCCGCACGAGCGCGAGGAUCAACACCAUCGACACCUCAACAUGACCGCAGGACACCUCCACAUGACCGUCGGAAACCUCAAGAUGACCGUCGGAAACCUCAAGAUGACCGUCGGAAACCUCAAGAUGACCGUCGGAAACCUCAAGAUGACCGUCGGAAACCUCAAGACGACCGUAGGCAACCUCAAGACGACCGUCGGAAACCUCAAGACGACCGUAGGCAACCUCAAGACGACCGUAGGCAACCUCAAGAGGAUCAACAUAGGAAAUGUGAGCACGACCGACAACAGGACCGACAGCACGAGAGAGACUGGCAGGACGAGUGGCACGACGGCUGGGAGAACGCACACCGCAGGUCACGUCAGGGCCGGCUCUCUCGAAAGGGGAGUUGGUGGGGACAUGAUAGUUGGCUUCGAGACCUGA